CUAGAACCGGAUCUCAAUUUGUUUGGUCCAAGGCGGUUCUUAAAUUCCUUUCUUAGAACCGGAAUCCAAAUGGAACCGGCGGCAAACACUUUAUUGGCUUCGGGAAGACGGAGCUGCCGCUGCUCCACCGUGCGGACCGCGGAUUUGCGCCGGCGCCUGACAGAAAUGAAUUGCAGCCACCUGCAUUUUCAGCUUCUUACUAUACAACCUUUGAAGUUUGGAUGCAAUCCCAAACAUGGUCUUGGCUCACUCAAUUCUAUGGAGGGAAGUAGUAGUUUAUUGGUACUGAAGUUGCCACGGCGAUUAAGGAAUUUGCAUCAGCUCCAGAGCAUCAGAUGUGUUAAUCAUAAUCCACAAAACGCAGAUUUUCCGCGUUAUUAUUCAAGAAAACAAAAGAAGCCGUUUCCCGUACCAAUUUUAGAGCUAAGGAGAGCUGCCAGAGAGAGACUGAAAAACAAGUCAAGCCUACCCAAGAGACGUUUGCCUCCACCAAGAGAGGGGUUGGUUGUUAAAGAACUGAUUCCAGAUGCAUAUAAGGUGAUGAAUGCACGAAUAACGUUGAUAAACAAUCUCAAGCGGCUCUUGAAGGUGGUGCCUCUUCAUGCUUGCAAGUGGUGUAACGACAUUCAUGUUGGGCCCGCCGGGCAUCCUUUCAAGUCGUGCAGGGGCCCACAGUCUUCGGCUCGAAAUGGGCUUCACGAGUGGGGAGAGGGUGUAGUUGAGGAUGUUAUGGUGCAACUGGAAUCUUACCAUUUAUAUGACCGUUUGGGAAAGCGGAUUUCUCACGAGGAGAGGUUUUCCAUCCCUAUGAUCCCAUCGGUGGUGGAGCUCUGCAUCCAAGCCGGUGUGGAUUUACCAGAAUACCCCACCAAGAGGAGGAGAAAACCGAUAAUCCGCACCGGAAGGAGCGAGUUUAGCGACGCGGAUGAAUCAGAUUUACCGGGCCCCACUCAGGAACCUCCAAGACCACGGAUACUCGCCGAGGUUCCUGAUGCUGAGGUGUCACCUCCGUCGGGGAAAGAGGAAGCGUUUCUUCUGGCCGAAGAGACGCUCCGGGCUUGGGAAACCAUGAGAGGAGGAGCCAAGAGGCUGAUGAGGGUGUAUCCGGUGAGGGUUUGCGGGUACUGCCCGGAGGUGCACGUGGGUCCCAGCGGGCACAAGGCGCAGGUCUGCGGGGCCCACAAGCACCACCAGCGCAACGGGCAGCACGGGUGGCAGACCGCGGUGCUGGACGACUUGAUCCCGCCGAGGUACGUUUGGCACGUCCCGGACGCGAACAAGGAGUUGCAGCGGGAGCUGAGGAACUUCUACGGCCAGGCUCCGGCGGUGGUGGAGAUCUGCAUACAGGCGGGGGCCGCCGUGCCUGAACAGUACAAGCCCACUAUGAGGUUGGAUGUGGGGAUUCCUAGUAAUAUUGCAGAAGCUGGAAUGGUUGUUUGAAUGUGUUCACUUGUAAUAUUUAUUUAUGUGAGAAAGUUUGUCUGUUUGCACAUAUGCAUAUAAGAAUUCAAGCUAAAUUGCAUCGUUAGUUCUCUGAGUUUCUUCCUCCCUCCUAUAUUUUUUUUUCCUCAUUGCACAAAAUAAAAUAAAAUUUCAAUUUUUUUAUUUAAUAUUGGUAGAGAAAUAAAAAAUAAAAUUUAGAUAUUAAA